AUGUUUCAGCUUGAUAUUCGACUGAUGUGCACGCUGCUGGCAAUUUUGAUCGCAUCAGCGGUCGUUGUUACCAAGAUAAUAGUGGAAACCAAGAGAGACCUGCAUCCAAUUGCCUUGAGCCAGCAGUCUAACAUUGGACCCACGCGCAAAGAAAAUGAAACGGCGAUAUAUCGAAACUUCACUAUUCCUCCGGGAUUUCCUUUAACCACUGGGAUGAGUCUCAGCAUGGGCUAUAAAUUCCGAAACGGAAACUUUGGCGACAUUUGGUCAAGUAUAAUGGCAAUAGCCAGGCAUAAUUAUAUUGAACUGAAUGAUCAACGGUAUAGCUUGAGCUUGGUCAAUGCAAAUGCCAAAAAUCUGUGUCAAAAAUGGAAGACGGGCACAAAACCCUGCCAUUUGGGUAUUGCCAGUCCAAUUGACGAGCUUCCAGGAUUCGUAUUAGCUAUCACAGGUUUCAUGGGCUCCCUUCAGGACCUAGUCCCAGUUUUUCUAACCUCUGUACCACGAUCAAAGCCAGAUUUGGACAUCUUGGCAAUCGACUCUUGGGAAACUUUCCAUAAAAUGAAUGGUAGCCAGUCUUGGUACAAAUUGGUCUUGGUCUGUGACAGCACGAAAGGUGAGCCUCCCCACGAAAUUCCUUCCAACAUUGUGACUUGGGAUGCCUUGGCCUUGAACUUCGAACCAACCCCAGAUCGAGAGGUUUCCCGAUUUGAUUACAAACCCCCCAGCGACAAUCAUCACGACUCCAAGUUAAUUGCUGUCAGCAACUCCCCAUUUGGAACUGCUACAAGUUUCACACAUAUGGCUUUGGUUAGCAGUGUAGCGGCUUUUAUCAAAUCUUUUCCUAUUGAUUUCGGACUGAGCAGUAAUGAUCAUCUCAGCAUUAUUCUCGAGAGACGGUCUGCCGCCACAGAUCCCAUACAGAUCUUUCCUAAGCUUCUUGCAAUACUAUUACAUGGGGGAUCGGUCUCCAUUUUAAACAAGCAGGGUACGUUGCAAACACUUGGCCAAAGUUUGAAUCUGACUACCACUCUGCUACAAAUACCACAAGAGUGUGAAAUGCUCGAUAGACUACUCUCACAUCCAUUAAGCAUAGUGCAAAGGAUCAAACUUGCAUGGGCGUCAAACCUCUUAAGUGAGGGAGUUUUCUCAUCAAGUGCUCGCAUAUCGCCAGAGUUGAAGCAACUGAGAUGCGUCUUCUUGUCAGAUAACGUCAAAAACAUUGGUUCUGUUGCAACAAUUUGUGCUCCUACGGGCAAGGCCGGGUUGGCGCCAAAGAAGACCAAGACUACACUAGAGUUAAACCGCAUGCGUGCCAUUCUAGGUUCGAGGGUUGUUCGAGAGCUCUGCUGCCCUUAUGUAGUAUUGGGACCAGUGGCCAGUACCAAUUUCUUUGAUUAUCGUGUAUUUCCACACCAAGUGGAUUUAAAGUUGUCCAACUAUGGGCCAAUUUCAACAUCUUUAGAGGCCAAACUUGCUAAGGACGAAACCAAACCACAACUGUCGGUAGCAAAGCGACAGGGUUUACUUUGCAUAAGGGGGUUCACCAUUGGCCGGCCAGUCAACCCAGAGCAGAUGACAAGGGCUCUCAAAGCUGUCGAAAAAUUCGAUGGAAGGGAAGGUUGGAUGCCAAUGUUCGGGGUGAGUUGUCUAUGGGGUUUAGACGGGUGCCUUUAUGAAUUUAAUUGA